AUGGCUCCCAAAGGCAGAGUUAUGAACGGCCCAUACGGCGGAAUGGGAGGCAGCUACUACAACGCAGAGCAUGGAUCCCACAAGAUCAAGAAAAUAAACGCCUGGGGCCGCAGCUAUGCAGGAUACGACGUAUUGAAUGGAUUCCAGUUCACCUUUGACGACAACCACCAGGGUCCGCUUGUCGGCCACAUCAACGAGAACGAUGCAGGGGAAUUCGAGUUUCGGGAUGGCGAGAAGAUCUCCUCCAUGCAUGUCCAUGCUGGAGAUGGUGAGGGCUUCGUCAAUGGCUUCGAGUUCGACACGAACCAGCACCGCCAUUUCGAAAUCGGUGGGAAAGAGGGGAAAGAUAAUGACGUUCCUCAUCUUGGCAAUGGGGACUGGAUUGCAGCUGAGGGAAGAGAUCCUAUUCAUGGUGCUGACGCCGUUGUUGAUAAUAUUGAUAUUUAUUUCAGUACUUGA